AUGAUGUUUAAUGAGAGCCAGAAUGAAUACAAACGAGGGAUUAGUGGUUGGAACUUCAAUCUUGAAGACGUGAAGGCUCAAGCUUCCUUGAUCCAGGAUGAGGACAUUAUAUCUGAAAAAGAUCUGGGUGGAAGCUCAGUUAGUUCUUCUGGGCUUGACCAUGAAAAGGAAUUGCAGCAUCAGUUGUCUUCAGUGAGCUACUGUUCACAAGUUUCAGAUAUAGAAGAUAAUGAUCUGAUGCAGAAUAAACCAUCUUCUCUAUCAGCCGACGUAACUCUGACUAAUGCGUUGUAUGUUUUCUUGUUGUAGAUCGUUCAAUCAUAU